AUGUAUUCAAAACCGGGAUUUCACACACUACUGCAACUUGGCCAAGUCGCUGCAGCCUUCGCUGCACCAUACACAUGGCCCUCAGACACAGACUUUCUUGAAUCCCUGCUGUACGAGCAAGUUGGCCACGACGCAUUCACUCCGGCCGCCGUAGUCGCGCCAUGUGGCAACGUCGUACUCGGCAAGGGGCGAAGCGUCCCAGCAGAAUGGAUUCGCACAGCAUACCAUGACAUGGCGACUGCAGACGUUGCUGCCGGUACGGGCGGUAUGGAUGCCUCGAUUGGCUUUGAGCUGGAUCGAGCGGAGAAUCCAGGGCUGGCGUCCUUUACAGAGACGCUGGGAAACAUGAAGCAGCAUCUUACUUCGAGGUCGUCCAUGGCUGAUCUCAUUGCCAUGGGAGCCAUUGUGUCCGUGGGUGCCUGCUCCAAUGGAAGUGUCUUGAUUCCCUUUCGAACAGGGAGGGUUGAUGCAAAGGAGGCUGGGCCAAAGGGUGUACCGGAGCCGCAGCAAGAGAUUGACAGCCACGUUUCUGCGUUCAAGCGACAGGGCUUCAAUAAGGCGGAAAUGAUUGGCCUGGUGGCAUGUGGCCAUACUUUGGGGGGAGUACACGGCGUCGACUUUCCAACGAUUGUGCCGGUGCCUGUCAAUGAUCCAACCAAGGAUGAGCAUACGCAGACGUUUGACAAUACAACGGAGAAGUUUGACAACAUAGUGGCUUCGGACUAUGUAAACAACAUACAGCAAAAUGCACUAGCGUUUGGUCACAACCAGACGACUCGCUCUGAUGCCAGAAUCUUCGACUCCGACGGUAAAGUAGAGAUUAAAAAACUCGCCGCCUCGAACGAUUACUUCCUCAAAACGUGCGGCUCUCUGCUAGAGAGAAUGGUCAACACGGUGCCCAAGAAAGUCAAACUCACACCUCCUAUUCAACCCGUUCCUGUCAAGCCACUAAAGUUAUUCGCCACAAUCAACUCCAACGGAAAGAUGAAGCUUUCUGGUCGAAUCAGGCUAUUUGAUACGUUCGAGGGAAAGCCCGAUCGAUCUGUCGAAAUUACCUUCUACCCCCGUUCCGGAGCCGACUGCGCAAAGACAAAGUCCUGCGUUCAGGCCAAGGCUAUUGUCGACCCGCAGUCAUGGACAGCCACCACCUACGCAGCGUAUCCCUCGUUUCCAUUGUUCAAACGAUACGACUUUGAGGUGGAGGUCCCAAUCUCGGUUGGUGUGUCUGGCUUCACGGUCGCGGUGACAGAUAAAAUCAAUGGGAAAUUUCAAACUACCAAAUACGACAAUAACGGGAAGAAGUUCCCUUUCCGCGACACGCUCCUCACUCAACAUAAUCUCUCUUGCGAGGAGACGACUAAUAAGGGGUUGCUGAAUCUCACUAUUGCUGUACGAGAUGAUGCGAAGCUGGAUUCCGUUUCGGGGACGGUGGAAGUGCCAUCCUCACUGUCAGCAUUGGUGCCGUACGUGAAAUCUGUACCCAUCACGUUCAAGAAGAUGCGUGCCAUUCCCAAGGCGGGUUAUAGUUUGUAUAAUGCCCAGCAUGUAUAUCAACCGGGCAGUUAUAGAAGAGUGUACAACUUGGUGGGGAAGAGUGGCAAAACGACGGAGCAGAGUGUAUUCCACGAGGCCAAGGAAUUGCCAAAUUGA